AAUCGUUUUCCAUCCUUCGAACAAGCGAGUACUGGUAAACCAGCAGCGCAAAAAUAAUUGCUAUCAAAUAUGAAGGUGUUCGUUGUAGUUUCAUCACUUCUGGCCGUUGCUACGGCUUCGACCAGCUUCUUGGCUCCACGGUGGUACGGAUAUGCUCCAGCUGCUGCCUAUUAUGCUGCUCCGGCUGAACUAUCCAGCCAAUACCACUCCCAGGAUAACCUCGGACAAUACUCAUAUGGAUACAAUGGAGGUCUUUCGGCGAAAACUGAAACCAAAUCGUUUGAUGGUGUGACCCGGGGAUCGUACAGCUAUCUGGAUGCCGAGAAUAAGUUGCAGACCGUCACAUACACAGCCGAUGCCCUCAAUGGAUUCCGUGCUCAAGCUACCAACCUUCCACAAGCUCCCAUCGAAACCCGUGUAGCUCCCGAACCAGUUCAAGAUACUCCUGAAGUCGCUAAGGCUAAAGCUGACCACAUGAUGGCCAUCGAGAAAGCAAAGCUUCGAGAUGCAACCGCCGUUGCCCCAGUUGCCCUGGCCCUUCAAAAGGAACCAUUGACCAUCGCCAGUUAUGCUGCUCCAGCCCAAAUCGCUGCCUUUGCCCCGUCCCAAUUAUCCUACGCAACCUACAGUGAAACCGCACCGGCUUUUGCAUUGAACUCCUACUCCCUGCCAGCUUCCUACGCCUGGAACCAUGCCCCAGCUUAUGCCUACAGUUAUGGCGCUCCUGCUUUCUACGACAGCCGCUUGUAUGCCCGAGCCUUGCCACUGACCGAGAACCUUCCACAACCGGUUCAGGACACACCCGAGGUUGCCCAGGCUAAAGCGGAACAUUUCAAGGCCGUUGCUGAAGCCAAGGCUCGUGCACUGAACUAAGACAAUGCCAGGAUCUGAAACACUGAUAAAUCCGCUCGGAACUCGUACUAACUGAAAUGUCGUAAUUGAUCUGUGUAAAAUUGUGUAAAAAGUGUCUUUGUUUAAUACAAUUAAGUAUACACGUUUGAUUUAUGAAAUAUAUCAAAGUUCAAAAAA